AUGCCUGAUACAGCUGACACCAGUCCCAAAACGCCAGAGCCGGACGACUGUCUCAAAAGCCCAAAUUGCGCUGACCAGCAACAUACUUGCCGGUGGAUCGUGAGCGACGAAGGAGCGAAGCAUGAGCAUUUGUGUAGCCGGUCGUUCAGCACCCCUAUCGAUCUGGAUAAGCAUCUCCGUGAAGAUCACCUUGCCCACAUGUCCAGCAAGACCAAAUACAAGUGUUUGUGGAAGGGCUGUGUCCGAAAGGACCACCAGGAAUUCGCAUCUAGGAAUAAGCUGCGCCGUCAUCUCUCGACCCAUACUUCUUACAAGCCAUUCGAGUGUAAACAGUGCGGAGAGGGCUUCUCGGCUCAACAGGCUCUGGACCAACAUAUCCGAAUACACACGGGAGACAAGCCUUACGUAUGCGACGUAGAAGGCUGUGAUAAGGCAUUCAAACAGAAAAGCGCGUUAACAAUGCACAAGCGAACCCACACGGGAGAGAAACCAUUGGUAUGUGAAUACUGCGGGAAGCGGUUCUGCGAGUCGUCCAACCUGUCAAAACAUCGCAAGAUCCACAACCCAGUCUAUAAGCACAAAUGCACAGAACCUGGGUGUGGCAAGGAAUUCAUCCGCCUCGACCAAUUGAGGCGGCACACGGAAAAGCACGAGAGACAGAGGAAAAAGACGAAGGAUCGUCUUCAGCGGGCUACGCCGCCUGAGUUGUCAAUCCAAGUAGAACCGUUAUAUAUCAUAUGA